UAGAGUUAGUUAAUGCCUGGAACAUGUUCUAAGGAAAGUGCUAGAAUGAAGUCCACGGUUCUUUCACACCGGUUUCCCCUUGGUGAUAUUAAAUGACUUAGUCACUUUGUGAGGGAAAUGAAGAGAUUGAUUCAGGAUGAUGUGGCCACCUUGUCACGUCUAGUUCCCCUUUCCCUGCUCUAUAUUAAGCCUUGGAGCUUCCAGGAGGGCGUGUUUUAUGUUCGUGGAGGAAGCAGAGGGAAACUCGGACACAGGGAGUAUGAGGCUCUGGACCUGGGGCACUAGUAUCUUCCUAAGGCUUUGGGGGAUAUAUGUGUUUCCAGGAAGUACUGGCUGGCUGGACUUUAUCCAGCAUCUGGGAGUUUGCUGCUUUGUGGCUUUCCUCUCCGUGAGCCUCCUGUCUGCAGCCUGCUACUGGGUCCUCCCAUCAGUCGCCUCAAUCGCGGUGCUCUCCACUGUCUGGACGAUCAUCUGUGUUUUUCUGUGCUGCUCCAAGCAUGCGAGGUGUUUCAUUCCUCUGACCUUCCUCUCCUGCAGCCUCCGCGAAGGCAGAAACGCUUUGAUUGCAGCAGGCACGGGGGUGGUGAUCUUCGGACACGUGGAAAAUAUGUUUCAUAACUUCAGAGGUCUCCUAGACAGCAUGACUUGCAACCUAAGGGCGAAGAGCUUUUCAAUACAUUUUCCACUUUUAACACGAUAUAGUGAAGCCCUUCGGUGGAUUUAUGGCCUCGCCAGUCCGCUGAACCUGUUUGAUGACCUCGUUUCUUGGAACCAGACUCUAGUGGUCUCCCUUUUCAGUCCCAGCCAUACCCUGGAGGCUCAUAUCAAUGACACCAAAGGAGAAGUCCUGGGUGCCCUGUGCCAUAUGGUAGUCAUGACAGAGCUUCUGUCUUCCUUAGGCCAGAAGCUUCUUGCCCUCACCGGGCUUCUGCUCAUUCUAGUCAGCACUGGCCUCUUCAUGAAGCGAUUCCUGGGUCCUUGUGGCUGGAAGUAUGAGAACAUCUAUAUCACCAGACGAUUUGUUCAGUUUGAUGAAAAGGAGAGGAACCAACAGCGGCCCUGUGUCCUCCCUCUGAACAAGAAGGAAAGGAAGAACUACAUCAUCAUCCCAUCUCUGCAGCUGACUCCCAAAGACAGGAAAAAACUGGGGCUGUUUUUCCUUCCCAUCCUGACCCACCUCUACAUGUGGGUGCUGUUCGCAGCUGUGGAUUAUCUGCUGUACCGACUCAUUUCCUCCGUGAGCAAGCAGUUCCAAAGCUUGCCAGGGCUUGAAGUUCACUUGAAACUGCGCGGAGAGAGGCAAGGAACUCAAGACGUCAUCCAUGAUUCUUCCUUUAAUAUAUCUUUGUUUGAAGCCAGCUGCAUCCCUAAACCUCGGCUCAGUGUGUCUGAGACGUGGCUUCCUCUCAGCAUUAUUCUAGUAACACUAAUAGUCCUAGGACUGUUGUCUUCCAUGCUGAUGCAGCUUAAAAUUCUGGUGUCAGGAUCCUUCUACCCUGGAGUGGAGAGGGAGCGCAUCCAAUACCUCCAUGCAAAGCUCCUUAAGAAAAGAUCAAAGCAGCCACUGGGAGAAGCUGAAAGGAAACUGAGUCUGUACUUUAAGAAGAUUCAUUUUUGGCUUCCCAUCCUGACAGUUAUUAGGAAGAAACAUAUGAACACUUCAGAUGAAGAUGACCCUUGAGAAACAUGGAGUCCCUCUUCCUGGGUCAGAUGCUGCUGCUCACUGUUUGUUCAACAAUAGAGGACUACAUGAGAGGUUGGAGUUUACAGGACCCCUUUCCUCUCUGGUUAUUUUUUAAGCUACUUGUCCAUCAUAAUGCCAAAUGGCUCCCAGAUCAGUGGUUUUUCAGUCUGUCUUCCAAACUAAACCCAGUAUCUAGACUGUACCACAGCUGAAGCGACUGUGACGGCUGAAAUGGAAGUGUCCUCCAGAGGUUCGGGUGUUUGAAGACUUAGUCCUCCAUUGACGGUGCUGUUUGCGGGAGGCUUAAGAGAUGUGGCCCGGGGGAUAAAGUGUAUCACUGGAGGAGAGCGUUGCAGUUUUAUAAGAUAUGCACCAAUUCCUGUUCACUCUCGGCUUCCUGCUUGUGCCUGGAGAUGUGAGCUCUCAGCUGGUCCUGCCUUCGUGUGUGCCCUUCACCACAAUUCCCCACUGUGACGGUGAUGGAGCCGUAUCUCUCUGGAACCUUAAGUCCAAAUAAACCCUUCCUCCUGCAAAUUGCCUUGAUUUAUCACUCACUGCCUUAGGCAAGUAAUCAGUACAGAGGCCUCUUGCUGAGGAGUCCCAGCACAGAGAAAAAAAUUCAAAAUACAAUUAUGAAGUCUGUACUUCGGUCUCACCAGCAGAUGCUCAGAACUCACGUAUACAAAGGCAGUGUGUAUCUAUCAACCUCCUAGUCUUUCUGCCCUCUCAAUGUCUCCCAUAUGCUGUCUUUAACAAUGCCACCCCACAGCUGCCUCUCCCCCCACCCAUUCCCCUUUGUCACCCAUUCCCCUUCGUCAGAGACACUUUCUGAAGCCUGUUUACAAGAACACUCAAUCCCUUCCCAUCACCUCCUCUUCUCUCAUACCCUCUAUGUCUGUUUUGGUGACUCUUUUCGUAACUCCUCCAUACUAAGUUUGGGGGCAGGAUGGUGCAUUGCACAGCCUCCUAGGCCAUGCUUAUUAAAAUGUACAUCUUGGAUCUCUUCUCACCUUUUCUAUCACAAAAUAUCUAGGAGAGGGGAACUCUCCUUGAAUACUGAUCCUGUUAUCUCUAAGCACCAGAAUAGGGGAAUCAUUUCUUUCUUCUUUUUUUUUUUUAAUUUGUAUCUUUUCAUUUUGAAAAUUUGCAGGCUUAUAAAAAGUUGAGGAAACAGUAUAAAGUUGUACUUGCCCUUCACCAUUGUCUUUGAAAAUUAACAUCUUACAUAACCGCCUCAAAAUCAGAAAAAUGACUUUGAGAGAUACAGAAUCCGAGCUCUUGUUGCAAUUUUGCCAACUGAAGGACUGGUACCCCCUUCUGGACCCUUGAUUCACGCCAGGAUCCCACAUUACCAGUAAUGGUGCGAUUUCUCUAGUUGCUCCAACCAGGGACAAACCCUCAGCAUCUCCUUUGUCCCGGGACCUUGACACCUUUGGAGAAUCAUGGCCAGUUACUCUAUCUCCUUCCAUUUGGAUUUGCAAAGCUUCCCUCCUAGUUACACCAAGGUGAUGACUUUUAGUUGAGAAUUCUACAAAGGUGAGC